AUGGACUUCUUAAGUAACCCACACGGUUUAUUGGGAUGGAUUAUGAACAUUUCCCUGCACUGGGAGUUUCCCGUGUUCACAUCUUUUAUUUAUGUGGUUUGGGUGCUCCGAAACAACAAGCGCAUCAAGGAAAAAAAGAACAAGAAGGAGAUCCUGCGGCCAAAAACCCCAGAAGCCAGCGGAUGCAGGCCUCCCCACAAAAAAAGCCUCCAGCUAAAGUCCCUCAUAUUUUUGCACAAUAUGGGAAUGUCUAUUUUCAGCAUGCUUGUUUUCAAGAAGACAUUCGAGGUCGUAUACACGGGAUUCUGCACAAUGCCCUUCCGCGCGUUCAUUGCAGACGCUGAUCGGUCGAUGCAGAAGCAGCUGGCGCCCUGGAUAUGGGUCUUCUACAUCUCGAAGUACUACGAAAUCAUGGAUACGUACAUCCUCUUCCUGAGCCAGAAGGAAAGCUCGUUCCUGCAGAUGUACCACCAUGCAGGCGCAAUUCCUGCGUGCUGGCUGGUUUCUCUCUCGGAGUCCUACAGUGGGUGGAUUUGGGUUGUUUUAAACUCCUUCAUCCACAGUGCCAUGUACAUGUACUACGCAAUGACAGUUGUGGGUGUUCGCCCGCCCUUUAAGAGGCUUAUUACGUUCAUGCAGAUCACGCAGUUCUUCGUUGGGCUGUUUUUUGGGGCGAUAUACAUCACGAGCCCAGACACUUUCAGCCCAGAGCCCACGCUUAAAAUGUACCAGUACUCCGCCAUUAUAUUUAACGUAGUAUACGUUAUUUUUCUUAUAGGGCUCUUCCUGAAUUUUGAGAGAGAAACAUAUAGAAAGGCCGUGCAGAAAAAGGCUCCUGCAAAAGUUGAGAAAGCCGAUCCGGUCUCGUCUGUUCUGAUGGUUGAGUCCAAUACGUCAAGUGCCGUGCUUAGUCCGUCCUAG